UGAACACUUAUCAGAAGUUUUUAUUUAAUCAGCUUCUGAAGGAAACUACAUAAAGUCCUGAUGACAACAUAGGGUGAUCUCUCUCUCUCUCUGUGUGUGUGUGUGUGUGUGUGUUAAAAUUGAAAUUAGAUCCAGUGCCAGGAAGGCCACAUCCCACAGAUAAGAGCGAGAGAGAGAGAGCGAGAGAGAGGAGGGUGUUCACAGAUAUCUCAUCUGCUCCUCACUCACACACUCGUCUGAACGAUCCUCCACUGCUCUUCUGGAUUUACUCGCUGAAGAUUCGGGACGUUUCUGGUCACAGCAGCUUCAGUCCGUGAGGAGAGAGAGACAGAGUUCAUCAGCGAGAUUCUGAAGAGACACUACGAGUCUUUGAUCUGCGAUGCGACCCCCCAAAAUCCAUCGGGUCACGCUGCUAAUGACGGCCGUAUCCUGCCUGCUGAUUGGGCGUGGAAGCUGUCAAUCAAACUCAUCCAAUAGCUUCCAGCUCUCCGAUGACCCGGCGGCCGUCCGUGUCACUCCGGGGUCAAACCGCGUGACCCCCGACCCCAGGGCGGCCCGUCUUGCGGGGAACGGGUCGGUGCGAGCGCGUCCGCUGCCGGCGUGUCUGAGGAGGACGUACAUCGAGGGUUUGUUCAAGUACGUCAACACGGUCCUGUCCUGCCUGAUCUUCGCGGUGGGGAUGGUGGGGAACGCCACGCUGCUGAGGAUCAUCUACCUCAACAAGACCAUGAGGAACGGGCCGAACGCUCUGAUCGCCAGCCUGGCGCUCGGUGACCUCAUCUACAUCGCCAUCGACAUCCCCAUCAACGUCUACAAGCUGCUGGCGAUGCGGUGGCCCUUCGACGACAGUGUGUUCGGUCUGUUUCUGUGUAAACUCAUGCCGUUCCUGCAGAAAGCCUCAGUCGGGAUCACAGUCCUCAAUCUGUGCGCGCUCAGUGUGGACAGGUAUCGUGCCGUAGCGUCGUGGAAUCGCGUUCAGGGCGUCGGGAUUCCCGCGUCCACGGCGGUAGAGAUCGUGUGUAUCUGGAUGUUGGCUGUGGUUUUGGCGGUUCCAGAGGCCAUCGGCUUCAAAAUGAUCAGUUUUGACUACAACAACGUCACCAUCCGCACCUGCAUGCUGAAGCCGGAGACCCCGUUCAUGACGUUCUACAGGGACGUGAAGGUCUGGUGGCUGUUUGGCUUUUAUUUCUGCGUGCCGCUGAUCUGUACGGUCGUCUUCUACACGCUGAUGACCUGCGAGAUGCUGAGCAACAGGAAGGGCAGUCUGAAGUUUUCACUGAGCGAACACCUCAAACAGAGGCGUGAAGUGGCUAAAGCUGUGUUCUCUCUGGUGCUGAUCUUCGCUCUCUGCUGGUUUCCGCUGCAUCUGAGUCGCAUCCUGAAGAAGAUGGUUUAUUUUCAGAACGACGUCGGACGCUGCGACCUGCUGAAUUUCUUGUUAGUGUUUGAUUACCUGAGUAUAAAUCUGGCCACCAUCAACUCCUGCAUCAAUCCCAUAAUCCUCUACUUCGUCAGCAAGAAGUUCAAGAACUGCUUCAGGUCGUGUUUGUGUUGCUGGUGUUAUCCGGGCGGCUCGUUGUUAAGCAGUGUCGUGCCCCUGAACGGGACCAGUUUCCAGUACAAGAACCCUGAUCAGAACGGCUUAUCAGACCGGACCGCACUGCGCAAGGACAGCUACAACUGACCUCACACACACACACACACACACACACUCGCUGAACCAGAUCACGGUGUACUGUGGGUAGACAGACACAUUAUUUCAAGUAACCCUAACUAAAGUCAUCCAGUGUGAGGAUGAAAUAUGAACAUAUAUAUUUAUAUAAAUAAUGCUAAAUGUGCCUACUAUUAUGACAAAAAAAAGUGCAUAUUUUUAGAUUUUGUACACUGUAAAAAUAUUUUCAUUGUUUUCUUUUGUCAAUCAAUUUAGAUUCACUAAUGUUGAUAUUUUAACAUGAUAUUUUGGUGAUUUGUAGAUUCCAUUUAAUAGAUUCCACUUUCAAUAAAACAUUUGAAAUUGUUUUGUAAAAGUGUUUUUAUGUGAGUUUUCAUUGUAUCUACACUGUUCUGACCAGCAGGGGUCGCCAGCGUGUGCCGUUUUGAAUUGAUUCUGAGUUUCAAAAAGCGUUCAAAAUCCCCCCCGCAUUUAAUAAAGCAAACGACAUAUCGGAAUGUAUAUGAUAAACGAAAUGUUAUCGUCUAUUGGUGUGGAGGCUAAAAAAAGUUAUCUUUGCUGUUUACGUUCUUGGCGUGAACGAGCCUUUAUACUUCCCUGCUACGUCAAUGCUCCGCCCCCUCUCCAAAACCCCGCCCUUCAAAGCCAUCUCAGCCAAACCUGAAAACUCAAACCGACUG